GUUUGUUUGGAUGUUCCGUCUGAAUAACCACGCGUAUGGCACUGCGUUAGCAACACGACAACACGCCACUAACGCUUGUUUACAUGAUCUAUGGCUACGCUCGGGCAAGAAAAGUUCGGUGUGUGAACACGGGUCUGUCAUCGGGUAAAGUGUUAUCAACGAAAACUGGGUGGCAAAUAAUUGAUUAUAAUUAGCAGUUAUGUCGACUUGUCCGACCUCCUACACCUGUUCCGAUGAAGGGCUACUUCUGCCCAUUGUUAGUGAAGCCACGUGGCCCAAUGCUGCCCGGGCCACUAUUUACCUUGUCGGACUUCUGUGGAGCUUCAUGGCAAUUGCCAUCAUCGCAGACAUUUUCAUGUCAGCCAUUUCAACCAUCACUAGUUUUACACAGGAAGUGAAAAUUCCAGACGACAGUGAAAGUGGAUACAGGACAAUAGAAGUAAAACGAUGGAAUGGUACCGUUGCCAAUCUAACUCUGAUGGCCCUCGGCUCUAGCGCUCCAGAAAUCUUGCUUUCAAUGAUUGAAAUUGUAUUUAACGAUUUUAAAUCAGGAGAGCUUGGACCUAGUACCGUUGUGGGAUCGGCAGCAUUUAACCUCAUGGUCAUUUGUGGGGUGUGUGUUAUCGGGAUCCCAUCGACAGAAACGAGGCGAAUAAAAAAAAUGAAGGUGUUUGCUAUCACAGCAGUAUCUUCUGUGUUUGCAUACGUGUGGCUCAUCAUAAUUCUGGUGGUAAACACCCCAGACUUUGUAGACCUCUGGGAGGCCAUUGUUACACUCUUGUUUUUCCCUAUUUUGGUUAUCUUCGCAUACAUUUUAGACAAGGAUUACUUUGGUUCUGCUACGGUAGACGACGAAACAGGAUUAGAAGUCGUUAUGUAUUAUUUUACAGACAACCUUUUAUCACAGGACCAAGCUGAUAAACAAGUUAUUGUUGAAAUGUUGCGGAGACUAAAAUCCAACCCGGACGCGGACGAGAAGGAAGUCGCUCGUCUGACGGCUCAUCUCAUGGAACAGAACCAACCCCAUAGUAGGGCGUGGUAUAGAAUCAACGCCCUCAGGACGUUGACGGGAGGAACAACUCUCACCACGCCCCUCACAGAAAAAUCCAGUGAGCUGUUGGAGACAUUGCUGAUCGCAGAGGAAGCUGGGGGAGACACAGACUUCGUGCAUCUCAGCGAGGGAGGCAAGAAGGCCAUCCUGGAAUUCGAAUCCCCCAGUACCGCCGUCAUUGAGAAGGAAGGGCGUGUUCGAGUCAACAUACUACGACAUGGCAAUCUCGAUCGAAGAGUCAUAUUCAGAUUGGAAACCAUUGAUGGAACAGCGGAGGCCUCGUCAGAUUACAAGCCAGUGAAGAAGACGAUGGUGUUUGAACCAAAAGAGACUUUGCUGUACGUUGAUAUCGAGAUCAUUGACGAUAAUGUUUGGGAACCAGACGAGGUGUUUUUUGUCCGACUGACAAUAGAACCAAAUCAAUUGGCAGUGUUAGGCAAACAUCCUGUUAGCCAAGUCACAAUUCUCAACGACGAUGUUCCUGGUACCAUACAGUUCGCCAACCCGAGCUUCCUGUUUAAAGAGAGUGUCGGGUGUGCACAGGUCAAAGUCGACAGGGCAAACGGAUGUGAUGGGAGAAUCGUAGCGAAGUGGAAGACAAAAGACAUAACGGCUGUAGGCGGUCGAGACUACGAAAACACAUCCGGUGAAAUCGUGUUUGAACACGGAGAAUUGACCAAAAUGAUUGAAAUCAACGUGAAAGAUGAUUUGGAAUUUGAAAAAGAUGAGAAUUUUGAGGUAGACCUUGUUGAGGUUGAUGGAGGAGCCAAACUUGGAAAACUUAAGCGCUGUGUCGUUACAAUUGUUAACGAUGACGAAUUUACUGGAUUCGUAAACAGGAUAGCAGAUUUGACAAACGCGAAUUUGGAUGCCCUGAGAGUUGGUAAACAGUCCUGGGCAAAUCAGUUCAGGGAGGCCUUAAACGUAAAUGGAGGAGAUUUGGAAACUGCCACGGCCUUUUCAUAUCUUCUUCACUUCAUGACUUUUGGGUUUAAGAGUAUUUUUGCGCUUAUUCCCCCACCCAGCAUCUGGGGUGGAUGGCUCUGUUUUAUCGUUUCUCUUAUCUUCAUCGGUCUCCUGACUGCAGUAGUUGCAGACUUAGCUAAUAUUUUUGGCUGCCUCAUCGGAUUAGAGUCGGAAGUAACAGCUAUAACGUUUGUAGCUUUGGGAACCAGUUUGCCUGAUCUAUUCGCCAGCAAAACAGCGGCCACCAUGGAAAAACAUGCUGAUUCCGCCAUUGGCAACGUGACCGGAAGUAAUUCAGUAAACGUCUUUUUGGGACUAGGAAUGGCUUGGGUUGUUGCUUCAGGUUACUGGACGUCCAAGGGAGUGUCCUUCGAAGUUCCAGCCGGUAGCCUUGGCUUCAGUGUUGUGAUAUUUACCGUUCUGGCAGUACUGACCCUGAUUUUGAUUGUCAUUAGAAGAUAUGUAGGACUGUUUGGUAAUGCUGAAUUAGGAGGACCCAAGAUUCCCAAGAUUAUUUCAGGGGGCUGUAUGAUUAUCUUUUGGUUUGUGUAUGUUCUUGUUGCCUCAUUACAAACAUAUGGGUAUAUUGAAAGCUUUUAGGUUAUUUUCAUGACUUUUAAAAAAUAAAUUAUUACAGGUAGUAUUUAUAUAACAUACCAGUAGCCUAUGAAUACUCCAAACGUCUACCUUUAUCUUAUUUAUAUAAUGACACUGCUAUUUUAUAAAAGUUUUCGAUAAAAAUGCAGGCAUUGAGAGACACACCUAUGCGAGUUUUGAGAGUGGUGUAUGAAAGGAUAUUGCUAUAUAGAAAUGUGGUAGAUGUUUUCCUGCAUAUUCCGUAAAUUAGGAGUUUAUGUUGUAGUGGUUAAUUCUGUGGAUGUUAUUUUUAAAGCUGUAUCUGUGAUAGUGCCUUAUGUAGAUCCCCCAGAAGCAUAAUUUGCCAGUGGUCACAAAACUUUCAAAGUGUUCCUGUGAUCUUUGUAAGAUCUUGACAGGAAAUACGUCAUAAAGUGUAUUUCAUCCUUACUCAGAGCUUCAUCAUUUUAAAUUAAAACCUCAUUCUCAUACAUAAUUCUUGUAUAUAGGCAUUAGAAAAUAUGCAGACGUGUGUAAGGGUUUCAUUUUGUGCCUACUUUCGACCAUUUCGUUUUAGAAUUUAGAAAAAUUUACUUGAUAGUUCACAAUUGAAUUGUAUGUCACAAAAGUUGUAGUGAAAUUAUCGCUCUAUACUUCAAGAAAUUAAAAGUUUAUGAAGUUGAA